UCUUUGUUCCUUGCGACGGCUGUGAUUCCUUCUUCCUACUUCUUGUAUACAUACAAAAAAGUCCUUGAACUACUUCUAAUUAAACAACAAUGUUACCACCCUUAUAAUAUUGAAACCAUUUUGAAGUAAUUUUUAUUUGGAAUAAACAAAAUAUGUUACAACGAUUUUUGCAUAUAUUCAAGAAAAUUUUAUCAAUGUAGAAUUAAAAAAAAUUAGAAACAAAUUUGAAUAUUACCUUGAAUGAUGGAAAUCUUUCUUAUUACUUUUUGUAAAAUUUAAAUGGAAAAUUUCUAUUUUUAGCUUAAUAUACUUGAUUACUUAAUUAGUCCAUGAAUUUAACAUUUGUUUUAUGUUUGUUUUACUAUCCGAGCCUAGGGGAAAUUCAUCUGCAUUAUUUGGCAACUUCGAUGUUUGCUUAGAGAUGUAAAUUUGCGGUUUUUUCGUUGCAUGUGCAAUUGAUAGCACUUUUAUGUUAUUUAUUAUAUAUUUUAAAUUUUGGCAAAUACUUCGAUAAUUAAAUUCAAUAAAGACUUGCUUUCAAUAAUAUGGCCGAUACAUCUGGUGAUCCUAACAAAGGAAUUCCCCUCUUAAUUCCUAGUCCUUUAAUCACUAAAAGGAACAGAACACCUUCAACGUGUGAACGGAUAGUUCCGAAAAAUGUUUUAGGUGUCAUAAAAGUAUUCUGCAGAGAAAAAGGUCAUGGUUUCAUAUCACCGGAAGAUGGAACAGAAGAUAUUUUCGUUCAUAUUUCUGAUAUAGAAGACGAGUAUGUUCCUUUACCUGGUGAUAGAGUGAAAUAUCAGUUAUGCCCAUUUCCACCCAGAUUCGAAAAAUAUCAGGCAGUUCAUGUGAAAAUUGUUGAAUUGAAUAAAGAAGUCCAUAAAAGGUGGAACAGUUGAAGAUUAUGAAAUACAGAAUAAAGGUUGAAACAACUAAGAAUAUAAUGAAAAAUGCUUUGGGAAAAUUAGUUAAUUGCUAUUUAUAUUUGGAUGAAUAUACAAAAUGCUUGUUUGAUAAAUUGCCUCCAGUAAAA